AAACAUUAACUUGGAGUUGUGCUGUCGGUGCGGGUAGAACAGGUUAGAUAGAGACCUUUACAGAGCACAGCCUGCGGCUAAACAGGUGCACACGACAAUGCAGAUCCCACUUUUUACGGUCGAUGCAUUUACAAACCGGCCAUUUUCUGGAAAUCCUGCGGCAGUUUGUCUGCUUGAAAAUGACUUGGAUGAAGAUUCCCACCAAAAAAUUGCAACAGAAAUGAACCUUUCAGAAACAGCUUUCAUCAGAAAAUUGAAACCUGGAGAUGACUUUACCAAAAGUUCCUGCUUUGGGCUCAGAUGGUUCACCCCAGUCAGUGAGAUUCCUCUCUGUGGUCAUGCUACUCUUGCAUCAGCUGCUGUGUUAUUUCAUGUACAAAAAAAUACAAAUUCAGUUAUCACGUUUGUGACACUGAGUGGGGAAUUAAAGGCCAGACAAGUGAAAGAUCAUAUUGUCCUGGACUUGCCACUUUGCCCAGCCUACCCCCAGGAACUUAAGGAGGUAGAAGAAUUAAUAAAGGCAGCUGUUGGUGACCUGAGUGUUCAGGAUGUGCGGUACUCCCCCGAAACCAAGAACCUCUUAGUCUGUCUCAGUGAUACUUAUGGAAGGUCUGUGCUGGAAGAACUGAAAGUGAGUGCACAACACUUUUUGUCAGUUGAAAAGACAGGAAAAGUGAAAGGACUCAUACUCACUGUUAAGGGAAAUUCCAGUGGAAAUGGCCAUGAUUUUUACUCCAGAUAUUUUGCACCUUGGUAUGGAGUUCUGGAAGACCCUGUUACAGGAUCUGCUCAUGCUGUUUUAAGCAGCUACUGGUCAGAGCAGCUGGGGAAGAAAGAACUGCUUGCUUUUCAAUGUUCCCGCCGUGGAGGAGAGUUGAAGAUUUCUGUUCGCAGUGACGGAAGAGUUGACAUUGCUGGGCAAUCUGCUGUUGUGUUAAAAGGAAACCUGACUUUGUGAAAGAGCUCCCUCUCUCACUAAUCACUCACCUUUAUGUUCCUC